AGCCUUCCCCAAACAUUUACUCUUGGAGAUCUCUCAAACAAGACUUAACUGACUUCCAGAGACACACACUUUUGGAUCUUUUUUUUUUUUGGACGACUGUGCAAGAAGCUUUCUGAGGAGACAUGGUGUCGGCCGGCUUUCAGAUGAUGGGCACUGCCCUGUGCAUUAUUGGAUGGAUUGGGGUCAUCGUUACCUGCGCCCUGCCCCAGUGGAAAGUGACAGCCUUCGUUGGGCAAAACAUUGUCACCGCUCAAACCACUUGGGAGGGCAUUUGGAUGACCUGUGUGGUCCAGAGCACAGGUCAGAUGCAGUGCAAGGUUUAUGACUCGAUGCUGGCCCUUUCCUCCGACCUCCAAGCUGCCCGCGCCCUCACCAUCAUCUCUGUCCUGCUUGGCGUCUUUGGCAUCCUUCUCUCUCUCGCAGGAGGAAAAUGCACCAACUGUGUGGAGGAUGAGAGCGCCAAGGCCAAGAUCGGCGUGACAUCUGGUGUGAUCUUUAUCAUUGCUGGUGUUUUGUGUCUCGUCCCUGUGUGCUGGACAGCAAACACCAUCAUACAGAACUUCUACAGCCCAAUGUUGGGCCCUGACAAAAGGGAGCUUGGAGCUUCACUCUUCAUCGGCUGGGGGGCCGCAGGCCUCCUCAUUCUGGGUGGCGCACUCCUCUGCGCCAACUGCCCUCCCAAGGAUAACUUCUCUGCAAAGUACUCUGCUCCCCGUUCAAGUGCACCCAAGGACUACGUCUGAGGAGAGAAAAGCCAAAGAGCCUAAAAAAAAAGACUUGAAUGAAAUGCUUUGUGGUCCAUGACAUUGAUUCAUGUUGCCACAAUAAGUAUGAUUUGAAUUUCACAGUGUUUCCAUUGUGCUCACAGUUGAGUUUGACUCUUUGAUGUCGAGUUACAGCACUUCUAUAGAUUUGUUUAAUCAGUGCCAGGAUGAAGAGAUUUGCACCACACCCAAAUAACAUGUACUGAGUGACAAAAUGCUUAGUUGGUGGGAG